AGGACGGCGUUCUUUCAGAUUUCCUGUUGAAGCUUCAGCACAGAGACACAAAACAGCUUUUAGCUUUUUAAAUACAUCAAGAGAUCUCUUGAGAUUUUAUUUUUAACUAAUAUAUAUAUAUAUAUAGAUAUUGGUUACUAGUAAUCAUGAGCCGCACUCCUGAUGCAAGAGCGAGAGACACCCAGACCAAGCAGAUCCAAGAGAACAUCACCAAUGUUGAGAAGCACUUCGGAGAUCUCUGCCAACUUUUUUCUGCUUACGUCCGUAAAACUGCACGACUGCGGGACAAAGCCGACCUUCUGGUUAAAGAAGUCGGCCUUUAUGCUGACACAGAGACACCGAACCUGAAACUUGGACUGAAGAACUUUGCAGAUCAGCUGGCAAAGAUUCAGGACUAUCGACAAGCAGAAGUGGAGAGGCUAGAAGUGAAAGUUAUAGAGCCUUUGACAGCAUAUGGGAAUAUUGUCAAAACGAAAAGGGAGGACUUGAAGCAGACGCAGACUGCACGGAACAGAGAGGCCAAGCAGAUGCAGCAGCUUGAAAGGAUGAGGCAGAGAAACCCCUCAGACAGACAGAUUAUUGUAUCCUACAACCAUUUUGUACUUUACAUCUCUUUGUCUACUGUGUCACGAAAGGCUGAGAGUGAACUCCAGAGAGCCACGAUGGAUGCCACUCGCACGACUCGCCAGCUGGAGGAGACAAUAGAUGACUUUGAAAAGCAGAAGAUUCGUGAUAUCAAGAAAAUUCUCGGUGAGUUUGUAACAGUGGAGAUGACAUUCCAUGCCAAGGCUUUGGAAAUUUACACAACUGCCUACCAGCACAUUCAGAAUGUGGAUGAGGAAGGAGACCUUGAGGUGUUCAGGAACUCACUGCACCCCCCUGAUUACCAGUCUGGAUUAGAAAUAGUCCGUGCCAAUUCUAAACUGUCCCUAAAUAGAACUGGUACAUCAAUGAGUAAAUCAGGAACAAUGCAGUCAAGAACGUCUAGCAGACAGAGGAAAAGGGAUGACGACGAAGAUGAGGAUGAGGAGGAAGAUGACGAAGAUGAGGAUGAUUUGGAGGAAGUGACUGAUGAUGAGCAUUAAAAUAUUUUCUUUGCCAUUUCAACAAAUAUCUUUAGACCGUGACAUUCCUGAACUGUAUUUAAGAGUAUUUGAAUGGAGAUGAGUGAUAUUAUAAAACUAAUUUGCAUCACCAUCAAUAAAUGUGAUGUAAUGAUAGCUGAGUUAUGGUAGGUAAAGGUGAGUGCAAGGUUAGAUGUUUGCUCUCUUGUAAAUCAUAUACUAUAAAAUUAUAUAUAUACUGAAAAA